GGAAAAAUUGUAUAGUGCUGUAAAGGAAGAUGUCUGCUUCCAGUGGAGUUGUAUCAGGCUCUUUUCAUCAGACCCUUGGGAUCAAGGGUUCUAGCUUAUAUCUUAAGCACCAUGUGGCAAACAGAUAUCCGGAUAAUACUAGGUUCAACAAUAGGAGAUCUUGCAAGGCUUUUAGUGUCCAAGGAAGCCUAGUUACUGGAAGACCAUCUUCAUCUGUAUCUGUCUCCGAUGCUGAGAUGGGAGGAAGCAUAGACACUUUAAAGGACUACUCACUGAAAGUAGCAGAUCCUGAGCUCCAUGCUCUCAUUGAAAAAGAGAAGCAGCGUCAAUUCAACUGCUUAGAGCUCAUAGCUUCUGAAAACUUUACAUCUCGGGCUGUGAUGGAAGCAUCUGGUUCCUGUCUAACAAACAAGUAUUCAGAAGGUUUACCUGGUAAAAGAUACUAUGGAGGUAAUGAGUAUAUUGAUCAGGUUGAGACACUUUGUCAACAAAGAGCUCUUGAAGCAUUUCACUUAGAUAAACAUAAGUGGGGUGUAAAUGUGCAACCACUUUCUGGAUCUCCUGCUAAUUUUGAAGUUUAUACUGCUCUUCUUAGCCCUCAUGACCGAAUAAUGGGGCUAGACCUUCCUCAUGGAGGCCACCUAUCUCAUGGUUUUAUGACACCUAAAAGACGAGUUUCAGGCACCUCUAUAUUUUUUGAAUCUAUGCCUUACCGGCUUGAUGAAUCCACAGGCUUUGUGGAUUAUGAUAUGCUUGAGAAAACAGCACUUCUCUUCCGACCAAAGCUCAUAAUUGCUGGUGCAAGUGCAUACCCUAGAGACUUUGAUUACCCUUGCAUGAGGAAGAUAGCAGAUGCUGUUGGUGCAUUUCUUAUGAUGGACAUGGCUCACAUCAGUGGACUUGUUGCUGCUGAAGUAGCUGCUGAUCCCUUUGAGUAUUGUGAUGUGGUUACCACCACCACACACAAGUCCUUGCGAGGUCCUCGAGGUGGCAUGAUCUUUUACAAGAAGGAUCUGGUUUUAGGUGUUGAUCUAGAAUCUGCUAUAAGUAAUGCUGUAUUUCCAGGCUUGCAGGGUGGCCCUCAUAACCAUACAAUUGCUGCUCUUGCUGUGUGUUUAAAGCAUGCUCAAUCACCUGAGUUUAAGGCUUAUCAGUCUCAGGUUAUAUCUAAUUGCAAAACUCUUGCCACCCGACUGGUGGAACUGGGUUACAAGCUGGUUUCUGGAGGAACCGAUAACCACCUUGUUCUGGUGGAUUUGCGACCACAGGGCAUCGAUGGAGCUCGGGUUGAGAAAAUCCUGGACAUCAGUUCAAUCACACUCAACAAGAACUCCGUGCCAGGUGAUAAAAGUGCUAUGGUCCCGGGGGGUAUCCGCAUCGGAACACCUGCAAUGACUACCAGAGGCCUCAAGGAGAAGGAUUUCGAGGCUGUAGCAGACUUCAUCCAUGAGGGGGUCCAAAUUGCGCUGAAAGCCAAGGCGUGCAUGAAGGGAACGAAGCUCAAAGACUUCUUCGACUAUGUGGAAUCUCCGGAUUUCUCCCUCAAGGAAUCUGUAUCAGAACUCAAGAAAAAGGUUGAAGCUCUCACAAACCAGUUUCCCAUGCCUGGAGUAUAAAAAUUGGCCUUCGGAUCUGACCAUCAUAUCAGAAUGCCUAGUCACCUUACAAUGAGGUGUAGACCUUAUUGGAAAAAGAGUUUUCGUAAAUGUAAUCUGAAAUUUGGAGAAUAAAAUAAAGCAAACAUUGUUACAUUAUUAUUCCCCCAAAAAUUAAAUAUGUAAUUGCGGGGAGUCGUAUGGAAAAGAAUUGUGGUCUUUUUUUU